GUGUUGUGCAGUGUAGUGUUGUCGUGGCGCGACUGUUUGCUUGGCACUUGCUUGCCGGAUUAUUCGUCGUCAAACGUCGUCGCGUCGUGCUUGUGGCUUUUGCGGCUCAAAACCUAACCGUGGCUCACAACGAUCUUCAGUGCUCGACGGACUCUUAGCGGCUACGGACGAAAUCGGAAAUUUCGUUUUCCAUAAGAAAAGUUGAAUGUGAAAAUGCAAUAAGGAAGUGCUGGCUUUAGAGCAAAGCGUCAUCAUUGCCAACGUGAGUAGCAACAACAGUUAACUAAACAAUAACUACAACACUACGAACAAAAGCGAAAAAAGAUCGCACAACAAAGCAACGACCACAACAACUAAUAACGACGACCAACAAGAACGCCUGACUACGAUCACCAACAACAACUAAUAACGAAGAUCAUCAACAACCAACAACAAUUCAUCUUAGCAAUGCGAUGACAUACAAGGCAACUUGCUGAAAAUCAUCAUCUUGCUCACUGCAUUGCAGCUCUUCGACUCUCUGCUCCGGCGCUUCGUGUGUUUCAUUUGCAUAAAAAAGCAUAAAAUAAAAGAAUAAGUGUAUAAAGAGCGCAGUGAAAUCGAAAUAAAAGAAUUAAAACAAGUGAUAGUAAUUUUAAGUGCUACAAAAUCAGCGAAAAAUAACAACAAAAAUUGAAAAUAGAAAAUAUUUUAAUUGUAUUAGCGCAAACAGUUCUACCUGCUGUUUCAAAUGAGUGUUAAAAGGUUAGCCCCAGCGUGGGGUCAACAAAGGCAGCGGCAGCAGUCGGGAAGAUUGCAAUAUUUCAAUGUUGCCAACAGCAUUGUAUUUAGCAAUAAAAUAUGGUUUACAAUUGCCAUCAUAUUUAUCAUUUGCUUGGAUGUGCAUUGUCAAGAUAAAAUGUACAGUUUAACCGAGAAGCAGCGCUAUGAUGGCUGGUACAAUAAUUUAGCGCAUCCAGACUGGGGAUCAGUUGAUAGUCAUUUGGUGCGAAAAGCACCGCCCUCAUAUUCAGACGGCGUUUACUCUAUGGCUGGCUCAAAUCGUCCAUCCACACGCCGAUUGAGUCGUUUAUUUAUGGGUGGCCGCGAUGGCUUGGCAUCUAAGCACAAUCGCACCGCGUUCUUAGCGUUUUUCGGACAAGUUGUGGCGAAUGAAAUAGUGAUGGCUUCCGAGUCGGGUUGCCCCAUCGAGAUGCAUCGCAUUGAGAUUGAAAAAUGCGAUGAAAUGUACGAUCGUGAGUGUCGCGGUGAUCGCUAUAUACCAUUCCAUCGUGCUGCAUACGAUCGUCAUACCGGGCAGAGUCCGAAUGCGCCACGUGAACAGAUAAAUCAAAUGACUGCUUGGAUUGAUGGCAGUUUCAUUUACAGCACCUCAGAGGCGUGGCUCAACGCAAUGCGUUCGUUCCACAAUGGUACACUGCUCACGGAGAAGGGUGGCAAAAUGCCCAUUAAGAAUACAAUGCGCGUGCCGCUCUUCAACAAUCCAGCGCCGAAUGUGAUGAAGAUGCUCAGUCCAGAGCGUCUAUUUUUACUUGGUGAUCCGCGAACGAAUCAGAAUCCCGCUGUGCUCUCAUUUGCCAUACUCUUCUUGCGUUGGCAUAAUACACUCGCGCAACGCAUCAAACGCGCUCAUUCCGACUGGAGUGAUGAGGAUAUCUUCCAGCGUGCGCGCCAUUUGGUCAUCGCUAGUUUGCAAAAUGUAAUUAUGUAUGAAUAUCUGCCCGCCUUUUUGGGUUCGGAAGUGAAACCGUACGAUGGUUACAAGCAGGAAAUUCAUCCCGGCAUUGGACAUAUCUUCCAAGCGGCUGCAUUCCGUUUCGGUCAUACAAUGAUACCGCCCGGCAUUUAUCGGCGUGACGCCAAGUGUAAUUAUAAGAAGACGCCUAUGGGUUAUCCAGCAAUACGGUUGUGCUCCACUUGGUGGGACUCAAGUGACUUUUUCACGGACACCACAGUCGAGGAGGUGCUACUUGGUAUGUCUUCACAGAUUGCCGAACGUGAAGAUCCCGUGCUGUGUACAGAUGUGCGUGAUAAACUCUUCGGUCCUAUGGAAUUUACUCGACGUGACUUGGGUGCUUUGAAUAUCAUGCGUGGUCGUGAUAACGGUUUACCUGAUUAUAAUACAGCGCGAGAGGCGUUUGGUUUGCCGCGUCGUAAUGAUUGGAAAGAAAUCAACCCGGAGUUGUUUGAGAAAAAUCCAGAAUUAUUAAGAAUGCUGAUUACUGCCUACGAUGAUCGUCUGGAUAAUGUGGACGUGUACGUUGGUGGCAUGCUGGAGUCAUACGGGCAACCCGGCGAAUUCUUCACAGUCGUAAUAAAGGAACAAUUCGAGCGUUUGCGUGACGCCGAUCGUUUUUGGUUCGAAAACGAAAGGAAUGGUAUUUUUACGCGCGAAGAAAUCGAAGAACUACGGCAGAUAACCAUGUGGGACAUUAUAGUGAACAGCACGGAUAUUAACAAUUCCGACAUACAACAAGAUGUGUUUAUGUGGCGCGAAGGUGAUCCCUGCCCACAGCCCAUGCAAUUGAAUGCUUCGGAACUGGAGCCCUGCCAAUACCUCGAGGGAUACGAUUACUUUUCCGGUUCGGAGUUGAUGUUUAUUUAUGCUUGCGUUUUCCUCGGCUUCGUGCCCAUUCUAUGCGCUGGCGCUGGCUACUGUGUGGUGAAGUUGCAAAAUAGUAAAAGACGCAAGUUAAAGAUACGCCAGGAGGCCUUACGUUCGGCACAAAACAAAGGCUCUGUUGAUAAGAUGUUGGCACGCGAAUGGCUGCAUGCGAAUCACAAACGUUUGGUCACCGUAAAGUUCGGUCCAGAGGCGGCUAUCUACACAGUGGAUAGGAAGGGUGAGAAAUUGCGUAGUUUCAAUUUGAAGAAUAUAGAAGUGAUCACGGUGGAGGAAUCGGCAACGAAUCACAUUAAGAAGAAACCGUAUAUACUGCUGCGUGUGCCGAACGAUCACGAUUUGGUGCUAGAGUUGGAAUCAUAUGGCGCGCGACGUAAGUUCGUCAAGAAGUUGGAAGACUUUCUCUUUUUGCAUAAGAAAGAAAUGACGCUGGUGGAAGUGAAUCGUGAGGUUAUGUUGGCGCGUGCUGAAACGCGUGAGAGACGCCAGAAGCGGCUGGAGUAUUUCUUCCGCGAAGCAUAUGCGCUAACAUUUGGCUUGCGGCCAGGCGAGCGACGACGCCGUUCCGACGCCUCCACCGAUGGCGAAGUGAUGACAGUUAUGCGUACGAGUCUAUCAAAAGCCGAGUUUGCGGCGGCGUUAGGCAUGAAACCGUACGAUAUGUUCGUGCGUAAAAUGUUCAAUAUUGUCGAUAAGGAUCAAGAUGGCCGUAUAAGUUUUCAGGAGUUUCUCGAGACUGUGGUGCUCUUCUCGCGUGGCAAGACCGAUGAUAAACUGCGUAUUAUCUUCGAUAUGUGCGACAAUGAUCGUAACGGUGUAAUCGAUAAGGGUGAAUUGAGUGAAAUGAUGCGUUCGCUGGUGGAGAUGGCGCGCACCACCAGUUUGGGUGAUGAUCAGGUGACCGAGUUGAUUGAUGGCAUGUUCCAAGACGUGGGAUUGGAACAUAAGAACCACUUAACCUAUCAGGACUUCAAAUUAAUGAUGAAAGAAUAUAAAGGUGACUUUGUAGCGAUCGGUUUGGAUUGCAAAGGUGCGAAACAGAACUUCCUCGACACUUCAACUAAUGUGGCGCGUAUGACCUCAUUCAAUAUCGAGCCAAUGCAGGAGAAGCCACGUCACUGGAUGCAAGAGAAAUGGGACAGUUAUAUAACGUUCCUAGAAGAGAAUCGCCAGAACAUCUUUUAUUUGUUUCUGUUCUACGUCAUCACGAUUGUGUUGUUCGUAGAGCGCUUCAUACACUACUCAUUCAUGGCUGAGCAUACAGAUCUGCGACACAUUAUGGGUGUCGGUAUUGCCGUAACACGUGGCUCAGCAGCCUCGCUGUCCUUCUGUUACUCCUUACUACUACUGACAAUGUCCAGAAAUCUCAUCACCAAACUGAAGGAGUUCCCCAUACAACAGUAUAUUCCGCUCGAUGCGCACAUACAAUUCCACAAAAUCGCUGCUUGCACGGCGCUCUUCUUCUCGGUGUUGCAUACCAUUGGUCAUAUCGUUAAUUUCUAUCAUGUAUCCACACAAUCCCAUGAGAAUUUGAGAUGCCUGACACGUGAGGUGCACUUCGCCUCCGACUAUAAGCCGGAUAUUACAUUUUGGCUCUUCCAGACAGUUACCGGCACCACUGGCGUACUGCUCUUUAUUGUCAUGUGCAUAAUCUUCGUUUUUGCACAUCCAACCGUACGCAAGAAGGCUUACAAGUUCUUCUGGAAUACACAUCAACUGUACGUGGGACUCUACUUGCUUUCGUUGAUACACGGUUUGGCGCGUAUCACUGGUCCGCCACGCUUUUGGAUGUUCUUCCUAGGUCCCGGCAUUAUUUACACGCUCGACAAGAUCGUUUCUCUGCGCACCAAAUACAUGGCGCUGGAUGUUAUCGAAACGGAUCUGCUACCUUCCGAUGUUAUCAAAAUCAAGUUCUAUCGUCCACCCAAUCUAAAAUAUCUAUCCGGUCAGUGGGUGCGUUUAUCGUGUACCGCUUUUCGACCACACGAGAUGCACAGCUUCACGUUAACCUCGGCGCCGCAUGAGAACUUCCUUAGCUGUCACAUAAAAGCGCAAGGUCCGUGGACUUGGAAGCUGCGCAAUUACUUUGACCCUUGUAAUUAUAAUCCGGAGGAUCAACCAAAAAUACGCAUUGAAGGUCCCUUCGGUGGUGGAAAUCAGGACUGGUACAAGUUCGAAGUAGCGGUAAUGGUGGGCGGUGGUAUUGGAGUCACACCCUAUGCCUCAAUGCUUAACGAUUUGGUUUUCGGUACUAGCACGAAUCGGUAUUCGGGUGUGGCAUGUAAGAAGGUUUAUUUCCUUUGGAUUUGCCCUUCGCACAAGCAUUUCGAAUGGUUCAUUGAUGUACUGCGCGAUGUGGAGAAGAAGGAUGUCACAAAUGUGUUGGAAAUACACAUUUUCAUUACACAAUUUUUCCACAAAUUCGAUCUGAGAACUACGAUGCUGUAUAUUUGUGAGAAUCACUUCCAGCGCCUAUCGAAGACCUCAAUCUUUACUGGUCUGAAGGCGGUGAACCAUUUUGGACGACCUGAUAUGUCGAGCUUCUUGAAAUUCGUACAAAAGAAACAUUCAUAUGUUUCCAAAAUUGGCGUCUUCUCAUGUGGCCCGCGACCGCUCACAAAGAGCAUAAUGUCGGCCUGUGACGAAGUGAACAAAACGCGAAAACUUCCAUAUUUCAUACAUCAUUUCGAGAAUUUCGGUUAAAUGCAAGGGAUUUUAAAAUGGUUUCUGGCGUAACACUAAAACAAUGCAUUUACGGUGUAUCAUACGAAGAAAGGACGACAACAAUAAUGCCGCCAUUACCAAAAACCAUGCGAUCCCUUAAGAACUACUCAUUUUUUACUUUUUAAGUAAAUUUUUAAUUUAACUCAUUGCCUUUGAAACAAAGAAUACGAACGAAGUAUGGAGUUAAGCGAACAACUAAAUUAAAGUUAAUUUAAAGAAAAAAUUGUUAGUCAAAUUAGCGCUUUUACAAUAUUUCCAACAGUGUGGAAAUGUUACUUAACACUUACGGAUUUGUCUGGAGUUAUGAAGAAUUGUCGGUUGGAUUGAAUGCUUGUAUAUGUAUAUGUAAUUUUACCACAUAAUGUUUAUAUAAGUAUGGAUACUCCCUCUACUACUACUACUAUUACAUACUACCGUUACUGCUACUACUGCGUACUGCUCUAUAACAUACGAUAACUGUACCAUUAUAUUACGACACUUUCUUACAACUGAAGUUUAUUUAUUGAAUCUUAUUUGUUAUCAUUUUGUAAAAAAAAAAAAUCAAUUAAUUAAAUCUUAUGUAAUUAUUUAUUAUAUGAAUUCAAUAAGUUUGUAUGAGACAAAAAACAAAAACGAAUGCGUAAA